UUUCUUUCAUCUUUCCCAAUCUUUCCUCGACGCUCAAAUAUACACAUAUAUAUUUAUAUAUGCGAAAUUUUAGAGGUUCUAAGUAAUGCGUAUGUAUGCAUUUACGUGUGGUAGAUCGCGUGUAUGUACAUACAUAACAGUGUAAAUAGUGAGCAGUACUAACAUAAGUACAUACGUACAUACGAAGGAUAAUGGUGGUUAGUGAUAUAUGUGUAUGUGCACUGAUACGCAUAAUACGUACAUACGAUCAUCAUGUACGAUGUAUACACUUGUACAAGGGACAUACGUAGUACAUACGAAGUACAUACUGGUAGAGUUAUUACAUUAUAAAUAAUCUCAAAAAGACAAACAGUAUCUUCGUUAUAGAAAAGAAAUGAAAUGUGAUAUGAUAUGUACGAGGUUGCAUUCGACAGAUUUGCAAUAAAUAAAUAUUUUCUACACUAUCAAGUGCUUCGUAUUCAAACUUAUAGUGAUCAUUGAGACGAAUUCCAUUACAUAACCUCAAUCAUACCCGCGUUGAUUGACUAGACUUCUACUCUACUGCUAAUCAAAAUGAAUUCCAUUACGGACAGCCCAGGUUCUAAAGCUCUCGAAGCCGCUAAAAAUAUCAAGGACUUGACUGUGUUCAAAAAGCCUGUCGGAUCCGUCAAGAGGAGCAAAAAUGUACAACCAAAGAUUUUAGAUGAAGAUACAUAUAUUGAAAAAAUGAGUGACAUUAUACAAAAAGAUUUUUUUCCGCACUUGGAAAAGCUACAGGCACAAAAUCAGUAUUUAGAGGCUUUAGAGCAGAAUGAUAUGAACAGAAUGAGAGAGUUGUACGCAAAGUAUAGUUCUGGUCGACCUGUCACUGAAAGACCGGUCAGUCCAGCGACUUUUGAAACUCCGCUACGUAGGACUGAAUCAGCCGAAUCACCACCCAUCACUGAGGCAUCGUCCCAAAAAACAGACAACGUCGAAUCCGUAAAUAGAAAUGAUACUGAAAAUAAGAUCGGUCUCGAUGAUUAUUUGAGUAAUCAUACAAGCGAGGAUAAUGCUAGUUUCGAAGAAAUGAUGAUUGAGGCUGAAAAUAAACGUAAACUUAAGUAUGCCUGGCUUUACGAGGCAGAAGACAAGUCGAAAGCUUGGUUAGCAAUCGAUGGAUCCUCCACCACUACAUCUGACGUCCCAGCUAUCCAAGGAUCCAAUCCCAGACCCAAACAGGUGGACAGUUGGAUUUACAAGAAUAAAAAUUAUAUUAUGUACAUUCCCGAUGGAGUGGAACUUACGGCGGGAGAGAAAAUAGAAUUGGCAAAGAAGAAACAAACUAUAAUGCAUGAAAAUACGAGAUUGCGAACAAAUCCGUUUAAUGAGCAACAAAAUAAAGAAACCAUCGACGAACUCGCCAAGUCACAAUCCAGAGCUAACGACGGUAAGAUUGGUGUGGAUGGCAAAGAGGUUGUCAGAAAUGCUACGCCACGAGUGAAUGGUUUUAGUUUCGUGGCUACGCCAAGUCCGAGACCGGGAGAAUGCGAAAGUCCGUUGAUGACAUGGGGUCAGAUCGAGGGAACUCCCUUCCGAUUGGAUGGUGGUGACACACCAUUGCUGAGGACAAGUCAAGGACCUUCUUUUAGAAUAGCGGAACCACCGAAAAGAGAACAAUUGGCAUUGCAGUUGGCUGAGAAGGCUGGCGAGAGGCACAGAGAUCGAAAAAAUAAAGCCUUGGAAGCUGCCAGGAGAUCAUUAGCCACUCCAUCACCGAGAUCAACCAUAGAUCGGCUGAGCACUAUGUCUCCCGCAGCAAGAAGAUUAGCGACUCAGAAACUGCGCAUAUCGAAUACGCCAUCUCCUCGACGAACGCCAUCGUCUAGGACUCCAUCCGUAGGAGGUAUCAGAACACCUAAUACGCCACGUGCGAACAUAAUGGCUAAAGAAAUCAUCUCUCAAAAGUCGGAAAUUAAUACUAUGCGGAUACAAGGACCUGUACUCACUGAUAAUUUACUUAAUCUACCUCCACAGCGACAACGAGCGUCAGAUUUCUUCAAUAGAGCAGCUUUGCUCCUGACGAUAGCUAUCAUCCGAUCAUGCAAAUCAGAACAUACGUGUGGACAUUUAGGCUCAGGCACUAACGCGUGCAAAUGCGGGGAAAUAGUGGUGAAAUCGGCGAAGGUGCAAAAACCGCUGUUCUACGCGUCGCCGGAAGCAAUCAACGAAGCUGCAGUGGCACGCGAAGCGGUUGGAAGAUUGUCUGUGGGAACAGAUCGAUGGCAGCCUGAAAAUCUGGCAUCUAUUCCCAAAUAUAAACCAUAUACCGAUGGAGCUUUUCCACCGAUCGGCGAUCUGUGUUAUCCGAGCCCGCCUAGCAGUAAAUUCCAGGUGAUCACCAAAGUGAAACCUGCAUAUCCUGGUAAAAUCAAAUGCGCUCCUCCCAUUCCUUACAAGGUUUGUGUGAAAAUACUCAAUGGACAGAUCGACGAAGCUGGAUUGAGGGAACUCGGUUUAGCAACCGAUGGAUCAAUCGGCGGGAGCGCUAUUUUCGACAAAUAUAUUUCUAACGAUGUAGCUAAGUUGGCUACGCGAUACGGAUCGCACGCGGGUGCCGGUUCGACCACGUAUGGAUCGUAUUCAGGUGCUAACGCGGGUUCGAUCGCUUACGGAUCGUACGCAGGUGCCAGCGCAGGCUCGACCGCGUACGCGGGUAUCGGACGAUCAAGUAUUGCGACGUCGAGUAACGUCGAGACGAUCCAAGGAUCGAGUAAAUCUACUUGUGAUUUUGGCGAUGAUGCAGAGCUUCCCGAAGACUAUUCGUAUCCUCGACUGCCAGCGGAUCCGGUGUCAGUCACUUUAGCGUAUAAGAAUUUCUUCCCGCGUACCGUGUACUACAACAAGAGAGCAUUCGUGCCGGAAGACAAGCUGGCGUUCGGUCAUCGAACCGUGCCGACCGAGUCAACACCUAGCAAAAAUGUGCCGGACAUUCCUGAGGAAAAGCUUCAAAUCCUCAAGAAACCCAUUGUAGAGUUGAAGUCGAUGCCACAAGCUCCUACCAUCAUCGGCGCUUACGACGAACACGAAGAAGCAAAAUUGGCGGAGCUCGAGGCUAUUGAGCGUGAGAAGAUAAAUCAGGAAGAGAUCGCCGAACGGCUGCAAGAGAACUUCAUUACGUACGGAGACCUAGGAUACGCGCCAAUCAACAGGCCCUUACCGGCAGAUCCUAUUGGCGUAUUCAACAACGUGGAAGACGAUAUCCGUGGAGUAGAUUGCGGUCCGGUAGGACCACCAGAUCCCGAUUACAUUCCUGGCAGCGUCGUGAUCAAUCGAGAAGAAAUCGUGGGACACGGAGACCAAGUCGAAAAUGACUCCCUGAGAAACAACGAUAGUUCAGACAUCUACGUUCGUCAUUAUGACGAAAUUAGCGAUGACGACGACGAGGAAUAUGACAACGACGAGCCUAUGUCUGGCAUAUUCGCCAGACUGAAAAGUGUCGCCCGAAAGCACGGUCGUUCGUCAUCCUCAUGUGGAGCCGUAUGAUCUUUCGAAUGAAAUGCGUAAAAAGGACUGGCCUUAUUGACGAUUCGCGAUUAUCGAGAUGAAUCUUGAUUGAUUCUUUUGAACGCGCGAAGACGUGGACACUCUCCAAAAUAUUACACUAGUCCCAGUCCUGUGUCUUUGUGAUGUUAUUGUUAUAAGAUAAUAUAGCAGUUGUACGAGAAU